UCCUGUCAACCGGAAACAACGGUCAGUCUGAUCAGGAACAUCUGACCUGCUGCUGCUUCUCCAGGUUCAGGUAGCUCUGACAAGAUCAAGCACUGAAGGAUUCUUGGGUUGUGGUAACAUGGCAUCUCUCAAAACUGGGCUUUAUCUGGGAGUCUGUCUGUCUGCUUGGAUCAUCACUUCUGCAGAUGAAAACUUUGUGCCCAAAGCGGAGAAUGUACGCUGGGUGUCUGUGGACUUUACAACCAUCCUCCACUGGACCACCACCGCUUCUGAUUACAAAUACACUGUCUUGUACACUGGCAAUGAGGAUUUCUGGAUGGAGAGUUUCCAUUGCAUCCAAAUGUCAGAAACCGCAUGUGACCUGAGCACCGAGGUCAAGACGAACAGUACCUACAAUGUCAAAAUCAAAACAGUGGCUGCGACCGAGGACGAUGACUAUGACAAUGAACUGGACAAGUUCCCUCACAGUUAUUCCCCUCCCUUCAACCCCUUUAGAGAAACGAACAUCAGCGCAGUGAACUUCACCGUGCAGGUGGUGGACGAGAGCCGAGUGAACGUCACCAUCACAGAUCCUCUGAGCGGCAUUCACGAGGGGGAGAAGCAGCUCAGCCUCAGAGACAUCUUCAAGAGUGAGCUCAAGUAUAAGAUCAGCUACUACAAGUUUGGAAGCACAGGCAAGAGAGACAUCAUAUCUGACUCCAGUACGGCAGAGGUGUCCGAGCUGAAUGCCGGACAGAGUUACUGCUUCAUGGUGGCAGCGUUCAUCCCCACCAGACCCAAAAGCACCCAGCAGGGAGCCUGGAGCGCCCAGACGUGUAUACCCGGAGACGAGCUGAGUCUUGGAGCGUGGGUCGGGGCCGUCGUCAUCUUGCUCACAUUCGUCGUCAUCGUCGUUACGGUGAUCGUCCUCUGCUGCAAAUGCUGCCAACAAAAUAACCCGUCUCAGUCAUCGACACCUGUUUAGUAUAUGUGUGCGUGUGUUUAGGGCAUGAGCUUGUGUGUGUGUGUGUGUGUGUGUGUGUGUGUGUGUGUGUGCGUCUUACAAACACAGGGAGCAGUUGCAGGUGGAAGAAUUAUGUAAUUAAGACGAUUCAAAAUGUGAUUUGUGUAUCUGUUACAUUGUAUGAGU